AUGCGGGAGUCCAACUUUGCAUUUCCGGCGCAGAACAAGGCUUGUGUAUGUAUCACCUCACAGUUAUACGACAGGCGAGCGUUGGAUACAACGUCGCCGCUGCCACUGUUCAACUCGCUGACACAUCUCACAUAUCUUACCUCGACGUCGCCACGGAUUCGCGAGAUCAUGACGAUGGACGGGGGCCUCGAGCGCCUCGUCCGGAUCUUGCACGAGUUUUGCAUGUGCCCACCGCCGCCUGAGAACCCAGCCGUCCUGUACGGACUAACCCCGCCAAACGCACGCCCACCGAAACUCGCACCCGCCCUCAAUCCCCACUCUUUCGACAAACACGCCGCCUAUCGUUUUUCGCUUGCCUUUCAAUGCAUCGUCAACAUUGGUGUUAGGGGAAGUGAGCCGAUCAGGAGCCGCGUUGUGCAGGCUGGUACACUGGAUGUGGUGGGCUGCAUUCUCGAGGCGUGGCUGGCCAACAAAGGCUUCGCGGUUGGGCCAAGCUCAAGCGCCACCGGGCUGCCGCGAGAGACGAGGGAGCAGAGGCAGCAGCGGAGAUUGGCACAGCUGGAGCAGAGGCAACGAGAGGAAGCAGCACAUCUCCAACGUGCCCUGCAAAGGCAACUUCAGGUCGAGCAGCGGGCGAUACAGCAGCAGGAGGAAUCUAUGGAUUAUACACCUUCACCCGCCGACAGCUCGACCAGUCACAUCCUUCUACUCUCCGACUCUGCUUCACAACCCAACAGCGACACCGAUGCCUCAACGGACAACUCAAUAGCUGCUACUCCUCAAGGAAGUGGAACGCCGACAGGAUCCGUGCUCGUGCCAGCCCGCGAUCGCAGUGGAACCAUCAUCGCACGACCUGUUUGGGAUCAGCCUGCCACCACCGCACCUCGACGUACCCGUCAUCGCGAGCUACCUCCAGAAUCACCCUCUGACGUUUCUCGAGCCGAGACUGAGACUGAAGACGAUGGAGAUAUCGAUAUGGACCGUUCCAGAGACAGUCGUCGGCUCGCUGUCGACUCCGAUGUUGCAUCGGCAUCAGCGUCACCUUCGCCUGAGCGACGUUCACUAAAUCGAACCCAGCACAUGGCUCGGCGAGCUGUUGGCAUUGUAUCCGACGAACCUACAACAGGCCCAGAGACCCUUCAGGUUGGCGCAUUAGGACUUGAUGCGGAUGCUCACAUCAUCAUUAACGAAGGUGGUGGGGUGGGUGUUGGUGACGGAGUUGAAGUGGGUGUGGAAGAUGGAAUUGUCUCGCUCGAGCAGAACGACGAUUUCGCUAUGGGUGCCCCUCCUGGUGCACCUGGAGCCAUUGGCGAAGGAACCACACCCCGAGGGCUCAAUCUGGAGCCUUUGGCCGGUAGGCGGAGAAACACCGAUGCGCCAGAUGUCACACCUCGAGCAGCCAUUGUAGGGCUGCCGAUGAUGGGCGCGGCGUCGACGAAUGGAACGAUCCGCGGCGGAACACAACCACAUCCGCCUGCUGGACAUGGACACCAACGCAAUGCCACGAUCCGUGGCCGACCUCCAACCGAGAACGCUGCUGCUGGACCAGCAACCACCAGAACGACAGCUACUGCAGCUACACCUGCCAAUAUCCUGCCUGGCAGAUCCUCGAACAUCAGUUCGAACGCUAGCCAUCGCGACAGCGACUCUGGCCCGUAUCGCGAUGAGGACGUUCUCCUCUCUCUUCAGCUCCUUGCCUACCUGAGCAAGUACCCACAUGUCCGACAAGCAUUCUACAAGCCUCGUGUCACUUUCCACCCUGCCUCCGUGAAUCUUCCUGGUGCAAGGUUCGGAGUUGGCCAAAGUUCGAAGGACAAACAAAAGGAAACCGCGAAGGUACCUCCAACGGCAGCACCUUCCACUAAGGAGAGCAUUUUCAGGGCUUUCACGAAUGCUGCGGCGAGCGUCGGUAGUUCGCGCGGCAAAGAUAAGCAACCUGCCUCUUCUAUCAACACGUCGACAUCUUCGGCUUCUACUUCUACACACACCCAUGCUACGUCCUCUCAUACAGGCGCCCCCUCCUCCGCCCGCCAAACUAACGUGUUCUCUCUGGUAGAGAGAUUUACAUUCAAGCCAAGCUCAACGGAAACUGAUCUUCCCAACCCGCCCCCAAGACUACCUCCAGAGAUCCAAUACUGGGCUGGCGUCAUUAUGAGGAAUGCAUGCCGUAAAGAUGACAGUCGCGGCGGUAUACGGCAAUGUGCAAACAUGAUGUGCGGAAAAUGGGAAACGUACCCUCGUGAGUUUGCCAAAUGCCGACGGUGUAGGAAGGCGAAGUACUGCGGGAAGGAAUGCCAGAGCACGGCAUGGAGUGAGGGUCAUCGGUUCUGGUGCAGUGCGAAGGAUGUUGACGAGGACACCACCAACACAACCGGCGAUCAUUCUGCAGCAGCUGCUGACCAGUCGAACGGCAGCAUCCAAAUCGCGCCAGAUGCAACUGGGGCGACGGAAGUGCAGGUUACGGCUGCUCGGGCGGAACGACGUGCACACCGAGAAAGAGCACAUGCACAUGGCCAUCAUCACCCCGUCCAACCAGCGAACAACUACGUCAGCCCGACGACGACAGUGACCGGGGCCAGAGCUGAGACGAGUAUGAUUCGAGACCGGACGGUGCAACCCCUUCCUCAACACCAGCAUCAAUCCCGCACACGACCAGCCACCAACGCCCGCACGAGCACAUUACAGGCUCAAGAUCCGAUGAACACUAGCUACUUGACGUUCCAGAUCCAGGGCCAGAGCCCAUCUACCGCAAGCUCCUCCUCCUCGUUGGCUAAUGCUCUGUCGCCAACACACGAGCAGACAGGAAGAAGAAGAGCAGAGACGAUAACGGGUGCCACGAUGCCGUCGUCGGCAAGCACAAGCUCGGGGUCAACGUCGAGGAUGAUGGAAGUGCCACCAAACGUGAUUCUACCCAGAAUCUCAACGCAGCAACCCCAGCAACAGCAAGACUGGCCGAUGGGCGGAACGUCGCCUAUUCCACCCCAUGCGUCGGUGUCAGCACCUAGUCCUUCGAGGCGGUAUAGGCCGACACCUCCGCCCAUGGCACGUGGAUCGUUGUUCGAUAACAGUGAGGACGAUAUGGUUUUAGGAUGA